AGCGUGUGUAAUAUUGUGUCGGGUGAGGCGUACGAAAACAACAGAGCACCCCUCCCCGGCGGACGGUGUAAAACGGGCUGCCAGCGGUGAGGCUGCAGAGCAGGCCGCUCGUCCAGCAUGCAACCACCACCAAGAAAAGGAAAUUACACAAAAUUUCUUAAAAAUGUACACGCAGAACAAGCGGCAAAGUUACAAGCGAAAAAUCAACAUGAAUGCGACCUUCUAGAAGAUAUACGUGCAUAUUUUUCAGCAACUUUACAAUAAAGAAGUCUGCAAUUGAAAAAUCAUAUUCGGAGGCACUUCUUAAAAUAUCUUCUGCAUAUUUGAAUAAAAAAAUACCAAAUAUUCCGGAUCUGAAAGUCGAUGGAGCAGAAGAAAAAUGGAAUAUGUGGAAUGUUUGGCGAACUGUCUUAGAAGAAAAUGAGAAAUUGGCUAGAGCGCGAUUAGCAGCAGUAGAAGUUUUCCAACAACAAAUUGCUGACGAUGCAAAAAGUUUAAAGUUGCACAAACUACAAAUUUCUAAGAAGGCAAUCGACCAAUUAAUGAUAGUACAAAAAGAAUUACAAAUCUGUGUACAAGAUGUAGACAAAACAAAGAAAUUGUAUUUCGAUGAAGAACAUAGCGCCCAUGAUGUACGCGACAAAGCGAAAGAUAUUGAAGAGAAAUUAAAGAAAAAGAAGGGAUCUUUUUUCCAAUCGAUAACAUCAUUACAGAAAAAUAGUGCAAAGGUAAGCUCGAAACGCGAUGCUUUAGAAGAAAAAUCAACAGGAGCGCGAAAUGAUUAUUUGCUUAGUCUUGCCGCUGCCAAUGCACAUCAAAAUAGAUAUUUUGUAGUUGACCUACAAAAUACUAUGCAAUAUUUAGAACAAGGUGUUUAUGAUAAAGUUGCAGAAUAUUUAACGCUAAUGGGUCGUACAGAACUUUUAACCUGUCUAGCUACACAAAAUAGUUUUGGUAAAAUUCGUGACCAAGCACAACAACUCACAAGAGAGUACAAUAUACAGUGCUGUUGCUUGUAUUAUCCUGUUUUAAAACAACAUAUACAAUAUGAUUUUGAACCAUGUGACAACGAUCCAAUAGAGAGGAUAACAGCUGAUCAUUCUGCUGCAGCUACACUUGGAAAAGAAGCUCGUCGUUGGUCAACGAGAAUAGCUCGUGAAAUAAAUAGCAUCCGAGAAAAUAAUAGGAAAUUACAAGUUCUACUACAAUUAAAAGAAUCUGGACAAAAGACUGAUCCGAAUGAUCCACAAGGUCCAGAUGUAGAUACAAAAAUCGAUGAACUGAAACAUAUUAUACGACGUGCAGAGACAGCAAAAUUGAAGGCAGAAGCGAGAAUAGAAUGUCUUCGAAACGGUGGAGUAAACGUUGAUGAAUGGUUACAAGAGGCAGAAACUUUAAGUGUUCAAGAUAUGCCACGUUCAGCUAGUUCUCUUUCUGUUAGAACUGAUGCCUCGGGAACGGCGGAACAUCCGUCCUCAGAUUCAUUCUAUGAUAGUGAUGGAGAUGGAGGAAGUGAUUUGACAACUGUUGAACGACCAGGCAGUGCACGAAAUGUUCCUCAACAAGAAGAAGAAACGACAGAGGAAAGGCAAAGACAUGAUAGUGAAGAAGUUGAUGCUUUGCUUGAACAAGAGAAACAACGAAUAGAACAACUUACAGUGGGUUGGGAUGAUCCGACGGCUGUAGAUUGGGAUAAUGAAGAAAAAGAAGAACAGAUUGAACUUCGCGAAACAUCUGAAAUUCCUUCCACACAACAAAUAUACAAAUGUACUGCGCUUUAUUCAUAUACGGCACAAAAUCCUGAUGAAUUGUCAAUUGUUGAAAGUGAGCAAUUAGAAGUUGUUGGUGAAGGUGAUGGUGAUGGAUGGCUCAGAGCACGAAAUUAUCGUGGUGAAGAAGGCUUUGUUCCUCAAAAUUAUCUUGAUGUUGAAAGAGACACAACAUCCGGUCUUACUUCUCAAGGACCAGGUUUGGUGCAACAAAUAUCCUUUUCCUCAGUAGAUUAUACUAUCGAUGAUCAUGAUGCAGUAGAUCCAGAUGCCAAUCUACAAAUGACAACAUCAGAAACUAUUGUACAAAAUCAUAUAGGAGAAAUAGAACAAUAUUGCAUUGCUCUUUACGAUUAUGAUGCUACAUGUGACGAAGAACUCAGUUUUCUUGAAGGUGAUAUUUUAAAAGUCUUAAGAAAAGAACCGCACGAUGUCGAUGAUGGAUGGUGGGAAGGAGAAUUACGUGGACAACGAGGAUUAUUCCCAUCUUUAAUCGUAGAACCUUGUGCUGCAGAUGGUUCACCUUUAACUCCACAGGAGAAUAUAACACCACCGAGCUCUGCACCACCAGUAUUUACACCACCCGAAGUUCCAGAAUUUUUAUUAGAAAAUGAAAUAACACAAAAUAUGAUGAAAGAAUCACAAAAUGGAAAAUCUAUUAAUGCAAGCAUCGAACAUCGACAAGAAGGAUUCAUGAUAAAUCUUUCAAAGGACCAAAGAAGUCAAUAUGGCUCACAGUUUGAAGCAGAUCAAUCUGAAGGACCUGGUAUAAUAGGUAAGCUUCAAAUUAUUAUUAUUAUCCUAUUUAUAUUUAAUUUGAAUGUAUGUAUACCAAAUUGCUGCUUAGUUGUAGAAGUAUCGGAUGAAUUAGGAACGAAGGUAGAUGAUGAAAAAACAAAAUAUUUAAAUACUGAUGACCAAUCGAAAGAAGAUUUCGGACUUGGCGUUGCGCAAAUUGUAAUUACUGCAGCGACGCCAAUGGAAGAAGUUGAACAUCCUUUCCCAGGUUUAGAAGAAGCUAUUGAUGAUACAGUGAAAUCGACGGAAAGUUCUGAUGGUGACUUACCUUCAAGCACAAAUACUGAUGUGAAUGAAAGUGAUUGCAAAGAGGCUACCGUGAUAAUAGAUGAAAAAGAACAAGAAACUACAGAAACAACCGAAGAUAUUGAAGAAAAAUCAACAGUUGAUGAUUUACCAACAGACUCUGCACCAUUUCCAAUUAGUAGCAGUUCUGGUAGUGAAGCAGAUUCAACAUCUGGGCCAAGUACAGCAGAUAAUUCUCAAUCUAUACCAUCUCAUGGUACUGUAAUCGAGGUACAAGAAACAGAAGAUAUUGAAAUUGUACCAGAAAAAAUGGUAGUGGGAGGAAGGGCAAGUAUUCCAGAUGAAUUACAACCUGACCAAUUAGAAAAGCUACAAAAUUUGAAAGAAUCAAAUGCCUAGGAUUGACUAGACCUCGGAGAUCCUGAUUAUCCUGCCUUAUCAAAUAAACUGGCUCUUCCGAAAAAUCAUCAAAAUAAAUUUCAGCAUUUACUGGAAUUUUGGAAAUCUCCAGAGGUUAUUGGAAAGAAAGACUAAUGAAUAAUGGAACAACUAAAUAAUUUUUAUGUUAAUAUUAUGUACACAACUUUUUUGCUAGAUGAUAUUCUAGUGAACUAUUUAAAGAAAGAUGUUGCGACUUUUGCAACUUAUUUACAACACAUUAAUGUACAGUUAUAAGGUAAUAAAGAAAAUUGUCAAUACCUAUAAUAGAUGAAAACUUUUCGUUGUUUGUGUACAUUUUAAGAGAAUUAUAAUGGUGUUGCAUGUAAAAA